AUGGAAGGGAGUCAACCGCCAGGCGGUCCGCCUCAAGGUCAGCCAAAUCCGGGAGGUGCUCCUUACGGGCACCAUCCUCCAACUUCAUAUCCAUCGCAGUAUCCUCCUCAGCAGCACCCUGGCGCUUCGGGUGGCCAUAUGAGCGGACCUCCAGGCGGCUAUCCAGGAUACGCCAGCCAUGGAGGCCCUCCACCAGGACAUGGUGGUCCCCCAGGCGGCUAUCAUCCACAAAUGCAUCCAGGUCAGCACCCUGGCUAUCCAGGUUUUCCUCGACACGCCGCCCCACCAGGUCACAUGAUGCAUCCGCAACGACCUCCCGUAGCCGCACCUCAAGCCGCACCUGCGCAACCUCCAGCUCCACAACAGCCUGGUGCGCCCGUCACAACCGAAGCAGAAACCUACGAUAAUCCUUACACACCGCAACCGUCAACUCCUGGAACUGCCGAUAAUACAGCUUCAGAAGCUCCAUCUACUCCGCAGACAGCGACAACUGACCCUGCUGCGCAAUCUCAGCCAGCGCAGGCAACUCCAACUCAGCCAACACCAACACAAGCACCUGCUCAUCCAUCACAGGCGCCGGGUGCUCCUCCGGCUCAGCAGGGAGCUCCUCAGCCUGGAUUUCCUCCGCAUGGUCAGCCCGGCCCAUAUCCUCCACACUACCAAGGCGGUCCUCACAUGCAACGGCCACCAAUGCCACGACAGUACACGACUACUCCCCGUUACACUGCCGAAAAUCUUACAGCUAUGCAAAAAGCUCUGGCUGAGAUGCAGCAUCAAAAUCUAACGAAUGACCCGCGAUAUCACCAGCUUGUAAAUGCGAUCCGAGAUGCUGAGCUUCAAUUGCGUCGACAAACGCACUCUACUUUUACGCCAACGCAGUUGAGUCAACUUAGAGCGCAAAUAAUGGCAUACAAGCAGCUUUCGCGAACUCAAAACAUCGAUCCACAGUUGCUUCUUCAAGUCAAAGGGCAACAAGGACAGAGAGGACCAACAGGAGCCGCUCAACCGCCUCAACCCUCGCAGGAAGCCGCUGCUACCGCACAGCCUCCUACUCCUUCAAAUCCAGAAGAUGGUGGAUCUGAGGGAGAUAAAUCUUCAGUGGCAGCUGCAACUCCGAAUGCUCCAGACUCAAGACCAAGCACUGCCGGUCCAGAGAAAGAAGAAGGCUCGGAUAAAGAAAACGCAGAAAAGAAGGAACCGAAGCAAGAGCCAACCGAUGAAGCCAAAACAAACGAACCCGAUACUCCUAGAGCAUUUUCCGAAGGACCGCCAGUUCAGAGAAACUCUGAUUUAUACGAGCUUCUUCGCGAUAAGCGCCCAGGUUAUGGGGCGAAUAAAUUGUGCCCAGUCCAGAAGCCGAAGGGAAUCGACCCAGCCGUGAUUUUGGAGGAAAACGAAAAAAGAAUCAACGCUCGAGUGUUGAACAGAAUCACAGAAUUGGAAGGCCUACCAGCUAACUUGCCAGCAGAGCUGCGAAUAAGAGCGCAAAUCGAACUGAGAAGUCUUCGAUUGCUCGGUUUUCAGAGGCAACUCAGACAGGAAGUUAUUAGCGUUACAAAGCAAGAUACAACUCUUGAAACGGCUCUCAACACAAAUGCUUAUCGACGCAAGAAAAAACAAGGUCUCAAAGACGCUCGAAUUACAGAGAAGAUUGAGAAGCAGCACAAGACUGAAGCCGAGCGCAGAAAGAAGCGUCUUCAUCAAGAUUUCCUCCUUCAGGUCAUGAACCACCAGAAAGAGUUCUAUGAGUACCACAAGAACAACCGGAGCAAGGUCAUCAGGACGAACAAAGCUCUUAUUGCUUAUUACAGCAACUCGGAAGCGCGUCUCAAAAGAGAACAAGAACGUCGUGAAAAGGAACGUAUGCGUCUGCUCAAGCAAGAAGAUGAAGAAGGUUACCGAAAGCUUAUUGAUCGACAGAAAGAUAAACGUCUUGCCCACUUGCUUGAUCAGACCGAUGCGUAUAUCAAGGAAUUGACCUCCAUGUUGAAGGGACACAAGGAAGAAACUGCCAAAAAGAAAAAAGUUGCUGCUGGAAGCUUCGAAGAUCCCGAUGACCCGAGAGUUCCGAUGGUCAAUACGAUGAACGGAAUGAUUCUCAAGGGAGAAAACGCCCCGAAACGAUCGCAGCUCAUCGCGUUUAUGCAAGCUCAUCCAGGUUGGAAGCCAGUAGAGGAGCCACCAAAGGAAGAAAAGAAAGAAGGCGAAGGGGAAGCCGAGGAAAGCAAGGAAGAAAAAGAAGCGAAGGAAAAUAAGGAUCCAGAUCGUGAUGUUGAAGACGAGGAUCAGAAAGACGACAAGUCUUACUACAUGACGGCUCACGGAGUACAAGAAAAGAUCGAAAAGCAACCGUCCAUCCUUGUUGGUGGCACUUUGAAACCGUACCAAAUGAAGGGUCUGGAGUGGCUGGUUUCUCUCUUCAACAAUAACUUGAAUGGAAUUCUCGCCGAUGAAAUGGGUCUCGGUAAAACUAUCCAAACGAUUGCUAUGAUUACGCACUUGGUCGAAUUCAAAGGCGAGAUGGGUCCUUAUCUAGUCAUUGUCCCUCUGUCAACGCUUUCUAACUGGGUUCUCGAGUUCCAAAAGUGGGCGCCGUCGAUUUCCGUCAUUGGUUACAAGGGAUCUCCGAAUACUCGACGACUCUUAGCAAAUGCUAUUCGUGGCUCUCGUUUCAAUGUGCUUAUUACGACUUAUGAAUACAUCAUCAAGGAUAAGCCGGUCCUCUCCAAAGUCAAGUGGAAGUUCCAAAUUGUUGAUGAAGGUCACCGAAUGAAAAAUCAAAGCUGCAAGCUGACACAGGUUCUCAACACUCACUAUCUCUCGCCUCAUCGUCUCUUGCUGACCGGUACGCCGUUGCAGAAUAAGCUUCCUGAACUGUGGGCAUUGAUGAACUUUUUGCUUCCGUCGAUUUUCAAGUCCGUUGCAACUUUUGAACAGUGGUUCAAUGCGCCGUUCCAAAACGCUGGUGAAAAAGUUGAAUUGAACGAAGAAGAAAGUAUUCUUAUCAUUCGACGUUUGCACAAGGUCCUCCGUCCUUUCCUCCUUCGUCGAUUGAAAAAAGAAGUCGAGACGCAACUGCCAGACAAAGUCGAGCAUAUCAUUCGCUGCGAAAUGUCUGCUCUACAGACGCAGCUUUACAAACACAUGAAGCAGGGUUACAUGCUCAUGGAUACGAACGACAAAAAGAACAAGACUGGCAACAAGGCGCUGAUGAACACAAUCAUGCAAUUGCGAAAGAUCUGUAACCAUCCAUUCAUGUUCCGUCACGUGGAAGAAGCGAUCGCAGAGAAGAUGUACGGCCCAGGGAGCACGACUUGCGAGGGAUCCCUGCUCGUCCGAUCUGCUGGUAAAUUUGAGCUGAUGGAACGUAUUCUUCCGAAAUUGAAGGCUACUGGCCACAAAGUCCUAAUUUUCACCCAAAUGACGCAAGUCAUUCUUCUCAUGGAAGAUUAUUUCAACCAGUACGGAUACAAAUAUCUCCGUCUCGACGGCUCUACAAAAGCUGAUGACCGAGGAGAAUUGCUAAAGAUGUUCAAUGCGCCAGACUCUGAUUAUGACGUAUUUGUUCUGUCUACAAGAGCUGGUGGUCUUGGUUUGAACUUGCAGACGGCCGAUACCGUCAUCAUCUUCGAUUCUGAUUGGAAUCCUCAUCAAGAUAUGCAGGCACAAGAUCGAGCGCAUCGUAUUGGUCAGCAGAACGAAGUGCGCGUCUUGCGUUUCGUUACAUCGCAGUCUGUCGAGGAACGAAUUCUAGCAGCGGCGCGAUACAAACUCACCGUCGACGAAAAAGUCAUCCAAGCUGGUAAAUUCGACAACAAAUCCAGCGGUUCUGAGCGACGACAAAUGUUGAUGGACAUUAUCGCUCAAGAAGGAAUGGACGAAGAAGAAGACGAAAUCCCAGAUGACGAGACGAUCAAUAUGAUGUUGCAGCGAAGUCAGGAGGAAUUCGAACUCUUUCAGAAAAUGGACUCGGAGCGAAUCAUGAACCAGAAGCCUGGACAAGCUCGAUUAAUGGAAGAAGAUGAACUCCCGGAAUUCUUGACCAAAACCGUCGAAGAGGCGAAGGAGGAGAUGGAAGAUUCCGAUCGAUCGAAAAUGUACGGAAAAGGAAGUCGAAGUCGUCGAGAGGUCAAUUACGGCGAAGGGUUGACGGAAGAACAAUGGCUAAGUGCGGUCGACAAUGGCGACGAUGUUAACGCGCUCGAGGAAGCGGCCAAGAAGAGCGGCGGCAGUGGAAAGCGAAAACGUGAGGAGUCACCUGAGCAAGAGUCUUCCUCAAAAGACAGCAGAAAGAAAAAGAAAUCGCAGCCCGCCCAACCGCUAGACGAUGAAACGAUCAAGAAAAUGAAGGCCCUUGUGGACUACAUCGUCGAGUACGAGGACAGUGAGGGUCGCCGCCUUAGUGAUCCGUUUAUCCACCUGCCGCCAAAGAGAGAUCUUCCAGAUUACUAUGAGCAGAUCAAGCGACCCGUCGAUGUCUCCAAGAUCCGCAACAGAAUCCGCGCAGAGAAAUAUCGAAGCUUGGAAGACCUAGAAAAGGAUAUCAAUACAAUGUGCAAGAAUGCGCAACAGUAUAAUAUCGAGGGUUCACUGAUCUUUGACGACUCUGUAAUCUUGCAGUCCGUCUUUACUUCGGCCAAGCAAAUGCUCGAAUCGACUGGAAAGCUCCCAACAUCGCUCAAGCGAAAGCCAGAAGAGCCGCUGGACAUCGAUGAAGAUUCAAAGAAAUCUAAAAAAUCGAAAAAGAAGAAGAAGCGCAAGAAAGACGAAAGCUCGGAAGAAGAAAUGACUGAUUCUGACGAGUAUUCUGAUUAA